AUGGACGCACAACUAGAGACCUCCGGCAAGCUCACCUUUCUUGGUGCCAUGAGCCAACAAGAUGCUUCUUCCUUCAAGAGAGAAGGAUUCCGCUCCGGUUCAUCGUUCACCGACCUCUCGAGCAACGCGUCGUCGAUCAAUUACCGGAAGGCGCCGCAGGACAAGAUCGGCGGAGACGGCUUCUGGUGCGGUGUCCUGUGCAUGCACCUGCCGGGCUUGUCCAGGAGGCGGCCGAUGCAGAUGCAGCAGCAGCAGUCCAUGAGCCUGAGCGAGGCGGAUGACACCCGGGCGAGCAUGGCCGGGCCAGCCGGGGACCGUUCCAGCACGGUGUCAAAGGCGGCCUCCAUGGAGCGGUUCAAGUACAGCUCGUCGUCCUCGGGCACCGUGUUCGAGCGCCCGGACGCGGGCGAGGAGGAAGAGGAGGUGUCGGCGUACUUCGACCUGCCGCUGAGCUGCUGA